ACAGUCACGAUGGGUGGACUCCUCCUCUUAUGGACCCAGAAGCACGUGCGGCGAAGUCGUUAAGUCCUUCAACCCCGACAUCUCACAGCUCCGAACUCAGACGGAAAAUAGUACUCGGUGAUUGUGUCCGAGUAAAGUACUAGGCUGGUAAUCGAAUCAUGGGCCGAAACCGAAAGCGGGACAAACCCCAUCUCUCCCGCCAUGUCCCGACCUCUUCCCUCGCCAAACGGCUGCGUCCUAUGCCUCACCAUCCCCGCCAAGAAGAAGAGGAAGACGUCGUCGACAAGCCCAUCGCAAAGCCAGCUCCGGCGCCACCGCUUGUGGUGAUGGGGCUCCCCACGGACUGCUCUGUCCUUGACGUCAAGUCCCGAUUCGAAAUCUAUGGAUCCAUUUCCCGGAUCCGCAUCGACGGAGAUGGGUCCGCCCACGUCAUGUACCGUGCCAAGGACUCCGCCCAAGACGCCUUUGCCGCUGCCCAAGACCCUUCUUUGGGCAUCUCAUUUGAUUCCAAAAAAGUACAGGUAAUAUGGGCAACUGAUCCUCUUGCCCAAUGGAGGCAAGGAGUUGGGCUUGGAGGUAACAAGGAUAAUGGCUCAUCCUCGUCGAAGCUUUUGCGUGCCGAGGUACCUCUGCGCAGACAUGGUAGAGGUAAUAAACUUGCUUCAGCUAUAGUGAGCCCCAGGAGUAGUAAUGAUGGUCCUUCCAGUGUUUCAGAAGUACCUUUUAGAGGCCGAGAAAUCGUUGCCUAUGAUGAUAUUCUGUAAACAUACAAUUAGUGUAAGACUUAAUUUAUUUUCUAAUGAUUGAAUGGAUUUUAGGUCUAGUUAUAGGUAUAAUUUUAUGUAUAUCUAGUCCUGAAGCUGCUUGUAAGAAGGUUUUUGUUGUUUUGGAAUUGGCUUCUGGCUUUAUCAUGUUCUAAUAUUGCUUGUAAGUCUGUCCUACCUUAAAUUUGGCAUUUUCAUAUUUAAUAAUGUAAUUGUUAACAUGUUGACAAUGUUAAACCAUUUGGCUGAAUUUGAGUUGGAUGUUGAGAGUACCAAGCAUGGCAGGUUUCCAAGUUCAGCAAUUGUUCUGGCUUUGAGUGGGUUUUUCCCCAGAUAAUGUGAUUAGAAUUUAUUCGCUGAGGAUGGUCUGAAGGGACAUUGCUUUGACAGUGGCCGAGUGAGUGUUUGAUGAGUUGAGAAUUGGCGUUGCAAUCUGACGUGAAUUGUGGUCUAAAGUCUUAAUACUGGGUUCCUUGUUGUACAGUAAGAGUAGGCGGUUAACUUUUGAAGAAUGUUAUUCACUGUUAAAUUUUCAUUUGUUGGACGAUAGUCCUGUUUUGAAUGUGAAGGAUAUGGUUGGUUUCUUACUAUUACUUGGAUUCAUUAUGUUGGCAUUUGAUGAACUGUUGGAAUUCGAAAAAUGCAAUGGUUUUUGCUGGGAAAUCUCAUUGCU